GUUGACUGUGGUUCAUAGGGCACCAAACAGCAGCGUACGCCGCCGGGGACAUCAAUGGUGGAGUACGCUUCCAUUCAGGGAAAGGUCUGAGAGAGACCACUACUGGGGCUUACAUGGAGAGCUGAAACUGAAUAUGAGAUUAACGUCCUUAAUGAUGUACAUAUCUCCGGCUCUGAUAUUUAUUUUGUAUGUAUAUAUUGGAUUUUCUGAAGCAGCACCUCGCAUCAGUCCCUACGAUGCGUCGCCUAUCUCCAGGAAGCCCGGCUCAGCCUCCGACACCUGGGAGACCAUCCACACCGACAUGCCUCAUACUUUACCGGGGAGCAGAUUAGCUCUCGGGCCUCUUACCGGACACACACCGUCGCCUGCCAUUGUUUCUGCUGGCCCGACCACCACCACCACUAGCUCUAUUUCUAAAACUGCAACCACCUUCCAGCCUCCAACAACAGACCCGACCACCACCACUAUUUAUACGCAUACGGCCCCUGAUACUGGAAUAAUUUCAGCUGCUAAAGAACAAAUAACAGCGCCGAUUUCCAGAUUAGCCGGCGCCCGCAAAAGAUCCACCGAUGCACAAACAUCACUAUUCGCUCCGGAGAAAAUGCUGCAGACCAUGGUGUCCAUGGUUUCCCAGCGCACAGCAAACGAUGCCUGGGCAGCAGAUAAUAUUGGCACAUCUGUUACCUCAGUAGAGAAUAGUCAAGAGGCUCUUUGUAACUGCAGCAGUGGUGGUGAGGGGAUUUUGGAUCCAGAUGAGUGUGAUCAGAGCACCGGUCAGUGUUCAUGUCUGUCGGGCUACAGCGGUCUGCAGUGUGAGGACUGUGAGGAGGGAUACUUCACCAACGGCACCAGCGGCUGCCUGCCCUGCGCCUGUGACUCCUACGGUGCAGUGAACCCCCUCUGUGACAGCUCAGGGAUAUGUGUGUGCAAGAAGGGAGUGGAUGGACCUAAGUGUGACGAAUGCCACCCAGGUUUCUUCCACUUCAGCAGCACUGGCUGCCGGCCCUGCCAGUGUCACAACCACACCAACUACUGCCAUCCACAGUCCGGAGUGUGUCUGAACUGUGAGGGCAACACCCAGGGACAAAACUGUGAAGACUGUAAGCCUGGCUUUUACCGCAAACCUGAAUCUGCCCUGGCCUGUGCACCGUGUCCCUGCUCCAACUCCACCUCCUCCGGCACCUGUCGCACCGAUCCCAGUGGCUCCCCAGUGUGUGACCAGUGCCUUCUCCAGUACAGUGGCCCACAGUGUGACCAGUGUAGUUCUGGCUUCUACAAAGCAUCUGGGGUUUGUGUUCCAUGUGACUGCAGUGGGAAUGCAGACCCUCAGGGGCCCAGCCAGCUCUGUAAGCCCGACACCGGCCACUGCCUCCGCUGCAUGAACAACACCACGGGGCCCCAGUGCCAGCUCUGUGCUAAGGGCUUCAUAGGGGACGCCCGAGCUCACAACUGCACCCGUCCAACAUCCCGGCUCCUUCCCACACCAGUACUUACCAUCACAACAGAGGCCCCCACAUCGAGCACGUCUUCCCCUUCCACAACCACCACCAGCACUACUUUGACCUCUGCCACCGCAGGAGGCGUCCCAGCUUCCGUGUCCAGCAGCAACACAAGCACCGCUCUGAGCACUGCCGCUACCACCCAGGCAUUGCUGACCAGCCUGAGCAGCCCCACUGACAACACCACAGCGGCCCUGACGGAAGUCUCCUGGACACAGUUCAACAUCAUCAUCCUGGCCGUCAUCAUUCUGGUGGUGCUGCUACUGCUGGGCUUUGUUGGAGGCGUGUACACCUACCGGGAGUAUCAGAACCGCAAGCUCAACGCCCCCUUCUGGACCAUUGAAUUGAAAGAGGACAACAUCAGCUUCAGCAGCUACCACGACAGCAUCCCCAACGCUGACGUGUCAGGCUUACUGGAGGACGAGGCCAACGAGGUGGCGCCCAACGGCCAGCUGGCACUAACCACGCAGGGCAACUGCUACAAGGCUUAGCAUCCAUCCAUCCCCAAACUGGACACCUAACUUUACAGAUGACACAAAGCUGCUGGAAAGAACCAAAUCCAAAGCUCCUUCAUGUAUGACUGUUUGUUGUUACCCUGCUGGUCUGCAGCACAGUGAGAUCAAGCAGAUGUGAUCAAAGAUAUGGAAAAGAGACACAGAGUUUCCACUUGAAUGGUUUUCCCUUUUUGAUAUGAUUUUGUGUGGAAUGGGUGAUCAGUGAAAAGGGUCCAAAGAAAAAAGUAUUUGGUUUGAGUUUUGCCUGCAGAGGACACUGCUGUGCUGAUUAGUUAGGUAAUUGGCAUGGCAUAGGACAGGUGCAAAGCAUACACCUGUUGGCUGAAAUAAUGAUCCUGACACUGGUAAGGUGACUUACUAGCAUUUCAGAUAUUUUUAAAAUGGACUUUUGACUGUUUAAGUUAUAACUGGAUCACUUUAACAGUUAUCUUGAACUAAGACAAUGAUUGUUAUUUAAUUAAUUUUUAUUCAGUUCUUAUUUAUUGGUUGACGUUUCAUUCUUGGGAGAAAUGCUGCACAUGUAUGGUGUGUUUAUUCAUGUUGUUUUAUCUUAUGUGCUGUCCAAUGGUAAUUUGAAUUGGCCAAUAUGUUUUCAUGUAAAGUUUAUGUGUUUUGAAGAGAAUCAUAGGGGAAGAUGAAGGGUGCUGGCACAAGGAUUUUAAUGACCUCAUCUUUUGUUUAUAGCUUCCCGUCUUUUGUUAAAGCGUGCCAGCUCACCUGAAGUAUCUACGAGGAGUGUUUCUUUUAAAGAAACUACAACUUCUGUCAAUAAACUCUCACCACUUGGCAUUACUGCAGUGUAGUUAGUGACUCACACUGUGCUCACAUAAAUCACAUAAUCUCCUUGUAAUGUAAUCUGUUCUUUGCUGCCUUCCUCAGCAAAAUUUAACAAAACCCUUUUAAAAUGUUUCACAUUUAUAUAGAGGUUGGGUUUUGUGACUCAGUCUCAGAGGAUAAGACCAUUAAAAAAAACCAUAAACAGUAUUAUAGUACUGAUACUGUUGUUUUGGAGUGAAACCAGGCUGCACAUGGUAAAAAAUAUCCUCAGCCUACUGGUCAUUGUUAUCACCUACAAUCAAGUUGCAUCAACCAAAACACUGAGUUGCUUUACAAUUGAUGUACUUUAAAGCUUCAAGCCUGAUCCUGUAGAUGGAUCCCAUGUUUUCUGUGUUGUUUAGGCUACCAUUGGUUGGGUGCACUUCAUUUUACCACGGUGAAUGAGUAACGCUAAUUAUGGAACUAACUCCUCAGGUACUGGCUCUUUCCCUAAUGUGAUCACUGUAAAUAUGAUUAUUGUACAGAUGAAUGUGAAUAGUAGCACUAUUAUUGUACAGGUAGAAUAGUGUGUGUACACUGUCACUCAACAAGCCCCCAGUCUUUCACUCUCCAGGGUGUGAUGUUGCAGUCAGCCCACAGCUUUUUGUAUUUUUAUUUCUUAUUCUCAGUGGACUUUGCCAUAUACACAGCUGCGUGACGCAAAUGCACCACCUAAAACUCAAAGCAAAGAAAAGAAUUGUGUAAAUAAUACCCCCAAAUCAGAGCUCAACUCUCAAAUAAAAAUGGGUUUAACUGU